GGAACUCAUCCCCGGGCGUUGCCGCGGCAGCGUUCGUAUCAUCGCGCCGGCGCCGGGGAACGGCAGUCAGUUGCAGUCGGCGGCCGGAGCGGUGCUGACGGCUGUUCUCCAUCUGGAGAGGAGCGGGUAAGUGAGGGAUGGGGAAAGCUGCCCCCUCUUCUGCCACAACAUGAGGUGAGCAAGGCUUGCAGCCAGGACUCAGCAACCCCUUCCUCAGGCAGCAUCAGCCCUGUUCAGACCAUCCCAUACACACCAUUAGCCGAGCCCUGUACCAGCCUGCUCUCAACCCUGCCACAACACACACCUAACACCCGAACCUUGACAGAGGUGAAAGAGGGGAAGCACGGCAGUCAGUGUCCUGCCUCUACGAAAUGUUGUCAAUGUACGCUCAAGAGGUCUGAUGUAGAGGGCCAUGCCCCCCGUGGUUAAAUAGGGCAGCCAAACAUGAGCGCCACGUUAGGAUCACACCUCAGAUUACCAGGUUGCGGCUCCAAAGGAUGCAGUUUCGUCUAGGAAAUGUUUGUCUUCCUUCCUCCUUCUGCCUGUCACAUCCUCAAACUCACCCAUGAAACUAUUAGCUAACAGCGUAGACAGCUCCUAACAUUGCAACCCACAGAGGUGUCGCUCAAUCCCGACCCUUCUUCACUGAUCGAACUGAAGGAUUCACUUCCUUCGUAGCCCCACAGUCAACAGAUGCAACUAUUUCAGACAACUCCAUGAGAAUGAAAGACACCUUUUGUUGUUGUUAGUGAUUUUCUUGGUGACCGUCGCCGAGUCCCAGGAGAGCCUGUUCCAGAGGAGGAUUUCUUUCCUGUGUCCUUUCCCCUGCACAAGCAGCUGAGGAUCAGGUAAUGAGACAAUGCACCCUGAGGCGCAGGUGGUUGUGAAGCUGGCAGGGAAGCAAUGGUCUUUUCUGAUGUCAGGUUGGGGAUUACUAAUGUUUUCUCCCAAGCGCGUGAGCAGCGCAGAGGAGCCCAAGUCACUCUGGAGGCCAAGCCCUGAAUAGCACAUGAUAGAAAUUGCUUGUGCUAAUUUAACCUUGUCUGUGUAUUUUAUUUUUGAUUCAGACCAUCUCUGCCUGCCCUGGUGACUCCAGGCUGCCAAAUCCUUCCUGCUCCAGGUCUCCCUAUCCAGCCAGGACGGAUGGCAUCUGGCACCCCACCAGUGUAGAGGCAACAACCAUUGUUGGUUAAGGAGAUAUCAUGUUAGAUAUACUUAGGGUGCAAAACAUGAGUACAGGCCUUGCCUGGAAAAAAGGAACUGGGUAAGAAAAGGUAGAGGGAGCGCGCCUUCUGAGAAGAGAGGCCAAGAGCAGCCAUGAGGGGCAACGCGCCUGUACAACUUUAUCCAGUUUUGCCACCGAGGGCUGUAAGGGGAAAUCAGGGAGGGGCAGUUAUGCCUGGGAGAGAGCAAGGGAAGGGGGAAGGGGGAGGGAUGCAGGAGAAAGGGAAGUGUUUAAUGUGUUUGUAGGGGAAGGGGCAGUGCACGACGGCAUAUUCCAACAAGUCUCCUAAUACAUGGCAGAGUCCCCUUCCAGGUACAAGACACAUCCACCUAGCUGCAUCUACUGAGGCGCCCAGCAGCUGCAGAGACUCCUGGGAGGCAGGACCCGUUGAGGCCAAGGACCACAGAAGAAGGCGAGGAACCCAGCCAGAGGGACUGCGAGACUCUACCUAGCAGUCCGCCAGCCCUCCAGGGCAAGAGGGAGAGACUGAGGCGGAUCUUCAGAAAGAGGACGGCAAGGAUGGCCCCAGGACAGGAGAAGGACAGGAAGAAGCCUGAGGAGGAGGAGCAGGGCGGCCACCACCAGGCAGAGGCUGCAAAAACGAAAGGCCGAUGGUGGCACUGUCUCGUGGGCUGGAGAAGAAGGGCACCUCCAGCAGCCACGGAAGAGCAGGGAGAGGAGCCAGUCAGGCCCCGAUGGAGGUGGCCCAGGAUACAGCUGGGUAGGAAGGGCCCAGCACUGCCAGAGACCCAGGCACAGCCCCCGCGCAGCUCCAGCCCCAGCCCCAAACACAGCAGCCAGGACCCCAGCCCUGAAGCCCAGCCGAAGGCCACUCCACAUGUGGCUUGGGAGGAGAAGCCAGGCUCCCCAGGGCAGGAGCUGCACAGGCCCUGCUUCAAGCUGGGCUCCAGCUCCUCCAGGGAGGACAGCGACAGCUCCCAGGAGGCUGUGGGCCUCCAGCAACAUGCUGCCACCACCAGAGAUACAGUCCUGCCCUUCUACAAGGCAGAGGAAGAGCAGAGGGAGGACUUCACCUACCUGGAGGAAGCCGCCCUCUCAGUCAUCCUACGGCACCUCCAGAGCACGGACCAGACUGUGAAUGAGGGGCUCACUUUCCUCCGUGCCGUCCCCACGCUGUGCCUGGCUACAAUGGAGAGGGGCGAGGACAGCCUGGAGCCGCCCUGCUGCAAAGCGGCACUUGUGGAGAGGAUUGUGGUGCUGAUUGACAAGCUGUCCCAGUGUGAAGAAGAGCCCAGCACCAUCCUUCCUUACAGCAUGGCUGUUGUUUGCAUCCUCAGCAAACUGAAGCCAGCCCUGGAGCCAGCCCUGGAAUCGCGCCUCCUCUACACCACCCUCCACAAGACCUUCCUGAUGGCCACAGGGCACAACAGCCAGCACAUCCAGGGCAUGCAGCGGAUCAGCGUGGAGUACCUGGAGGCCACGCUGAGGUGCCUGCUGGCAACUGCCCCCAGCCUGGCCAGGCUGCAGUUCAUCGGGCAGCACUUGACCUUGUGGCUCCAGGUGGAAGAUGAGAGGGACAGAGCCACGGCCAUGAAGAUCACCACCAGCCUGCUCUGCUUUGCAGUCUCCCUCCUCCCACAGUUUGAGGACUCGCCCAAGGUGCCCCUGGUGGGUGACCUGGUGGCCCUGCUGGGUCUGUGCAUCAGCGACCCAGUGGAGGAGAUCAGCCGCCAGGCCAAAGAGGGCCUCUCCCACCUCUACAAGAUCUUGCUGCAUCAGAAGGGGCAAGACAUCCAAGAGGCACAGGAGCUGUGGCCAAUCAGCCAGCACCAGCCCCGCCGAAUCCUUCUCUACAUCGAUCUGGCCACAAUGGGAGAGGCGUUCAGGAAGAUCCUCUCCGAAGACCAGAGGAGAGCGUUUGCACAGAGGGCGCUGCUGGGGAUCCACCACAUCACGCUGCACGUGAGCCAGGCCGGGGUGGUUCUGCUCUAUGCCAUCCUGGGACAAGCUGGCCACCUGACGGGGGCAGAGGAGAAGGAAAUUCCCGUCAGGGUACUGAGGAAGCUCCUGAUCCUGAAAUGCUUCCAUCAGCUGCCCAAAGAGCUGCAGAGGCACAGUCAUCUGGAGAGUGCCUCAAGGAUCCCCUCCUCUCCGCAGCAGCCCCAUCCAUCCUGAUGCAAGCGAAGGCUGGGUGUGAGGCCACGGAUGCCAACUGCGAGGCAUGGGACACGGUGUAGGGGAGGUCGGAGCCGUGUAUAUAAGCCCUAGGUAUCAGCGUGUGGCAGGGCACUGCUAGUGCCUGCCACUUUAAGGGCUGGACCAGGCAUCCAGCAAGUGCCUGAUGGCAGCAGUCAUUUUGACAACUUUGUAUAUAAAGGCUGCAGUCUGCUGCUGCCAGCCGAGGCAGAAACAUCGCCUCGCUGAGCUGCAGCAGGAACAACCAGGCGGUAAGGGAAAGAGCUUAUGGGGAUGGCUAGGAGGCUCUUGGUCCUGGGCACGACCGAAAACUGCACCCUGCCGGGAAUGGGUGGCCUGGUGGGGCUCCUAGUGGCGUGGGAGCCCCCAGGAAAUGCCAGGCCAGUUACCACCCCGGUGAAAGGCGGGUCGGGGCGCCUUAAUAACCCCAGCUCCCACAACCAGGUGGGUAACCCCAUAGUAGGCCUGAGACGGCGGACCCCUGUGAGAGAGCGGACUAGAUGCUCACAAUCCUGACUUGAGGCACCCUCAACUGGUCAGUGCUGGGGCCAGGACCAGAAGGGUCAAAAGGGCCAGGGGCCCACUGUGAGGGACACCCAGAGCCAAGGGCCUGGGGUUUCUAACUGGCCUUGGAGGGGAGGCCAGGGCCUGUGUGGCCAAAGGUCCCGGGGUGUGGGGCACACCUGAGAGGGGGAAGAGUGCAGGGAGGUAGACAGCCCAGAAUGAGGGCGGAGUAGGCCGCCUGAUUGGAAGGAGCCAGUUGGGGUCCAGACUGGAGGAUUAUGGGGCCCAGGAUGGGGCCAAAGAUGCUAAGAACUGGGAUGCCAGCUGUGAGGCAUGAGCUGCAGCAUAGGGGAGGAUUUGGAGCUGCAGAUAACAUCUUCUGGAAUCGGGGCCAGAGAUGGACAGCCUCCCGCUUAAUUAAGACCAUCUUUUUGUAUCACCAAGGUGUGGCAGGAAAGAGAGGCGGGCACUUAGCCCAGAAAUAGGUGGGCAGGAAGGGCCUCCUGUUACACAGUGCAAGUAAGUGGGCAGCUUCCUGCCAUGUUCUCAUCUGUCACCUGUAUCAUCAAGGUUGUGGCAGGUGAGGGAGGCGGGCAGUUAGCCCUAAGACAAGUGGGUGGGUCAACGAUUUGACCGGCCCCAGGAUGCCCACAUGUUAUAAGUGCACAGGAGGAUUAUGGUUCAAUCAGACUGGCCAGCAGCACUGGCCUUGCUCAAGGCCUCUUGGUUGGGACACCCCUCUGAAUUUGGUUGGUGUUUGCGAGAGACGCACUGAAAUUAGAUUAAGGGUUCAAAAACAUAAAAGGGAUUGCUUUAGGACUAAGAGGAACAUGAGAAUAAAGAGUAUAAAGGGUGAUAAUGACAAGGCAGGUAAACAAUGGGAAGCACACACAAUGAUACCGAUGCAGUACUUUACUAAAUAUCACAAUCAACUGGAAGACCCAGUUGAAAUAACAGGAAAAUGGCAAAUGGGAUCGAGGAAACAGACAGUUAAGAAUGGGGCAGAAAUUUAUGGCAAUCCAGAGGAUGAAACCAGGCCGUCAAUCCAAGGAGGUUCAAAUAGGUUGGAAGGCAGGAAGGUCACCUGGGACUGGGUUGUUCAGCCUUAUUGCCUCUCCCCGUCCAUGGGGAGCACAGAAAAUUAUACUCGCCAGUCUCACAGAAUCAGAGGCAGCCAGGCACAGCUCUCCCGCAAACGCACCCUCUCACCAUACAGAAACUGUGCAUACACGCCAACACUUGACCCGCACUCUCACAUUCAUCCUUCCCUUGAAUGCUACGAGCGCCCAAACAGUGGGUCUUUAUUAACUCCAAUCAUAGUACUUUUGCCAAUCAAGCCAAGGUAAAAGCUGUCAAUCACUUUCAAUCACACUUUCCUGCCAGACACUCUGACCCAUCUGCGCAUACCCAGGCUUUCCUUUUGUAAUGAUAAGAUGACUUUCCCUGUUAUAACAAUGAAAUGAAACCAAAAAAAACCUCCGGGAUAAUAUGAACUAAUAAAUAAAGUACAAUAAGAAAGCCAUAUGAAAGCAAGACAAAAAUAGAUAAUGAAGCGUACAGGCUAUAAAUUUAGUAGAGACUUGAGGAAGGGGAGAGCUUCACAUUAUAUACAACUAACAGACAUACAUCUAGCUUUUCAGGGAUACCAAACCACAAAAGAAAUCAACUGAAAAACUUAAGAGAAGAUUCAUAUUGCACCCUAUUUCUUCAUGCUGAGCCCAGUUAUGUCUAUUUGCAUAUGUCAUCUUUUCCAUUUACGCAACAUGCAGAAGUUCUUUAACCCUUCCGAGAAUGCAGGUACACUGGGAGUUUACCAUUUGCUUGAAACAAUCCUUUUUCUGCAAACAAACAAUCCUUUCCACAAAUAUUUUAUGAGAUGUAAACAGAAGAUCAUCCCCUUGUUUUAACUCAUGGCAUUUUCCAGGAAGUGCCGUGAGUUACAACAAUCUCCUAGACCCAACAGAAGUCCCGAGGUUGGAGAAGCCAGCUGUUGUUUAGGCUGGUUGCAAGCAUUCAUCCGCUCUUCCGUCACAACGCGACUCCCCCAUUUCCAGACCUGGCAUGGUUUUCUUAAUGGGAGCGGGGAAAGGGAGCAGAAGAUCAUUCGGGGGUUUCCCAGCCAGUGCUGGAGGCUGGGGGGUUGGAAUGGAGCCCCCACACCUCAGGGGGGCUCCGACCCACCUGCCCCAUCCUCUAGCAUCGCCUGAAAACCCCCCGUACCAAACUCCCUCUGUUCCAUUUCCCCCUCCCCUUCUGAAAACAGCAGCAGGGCUGGGAGGCAGCGCAGACAAAAGUUACGGAGGGCGCUCCGUUCUGGAGUGUCUCCAUCUGAACCCUUAUACAACGAAGGUUCUGAUUUUCACGGGAUCAGGCCCUUUGCAAGCGCUCUGCAGCUGUGCGCUUCUGCUUGGUCAUGGCUGUAGAGCACUUCCAGGGGCCCAGUUCAGGCAAGAAUUGUCACUUCUGUCUGUGCCUUAAGGCAAUGAAUUAAACGUUUUACAAAGGGGUUUCCAGAUACUAUCCCAGGCUGUGGACAGAGGUUGCUUUUUUUGCUAUUUAAAGUCCUUUAUUGCUGUCAUUUAACAGAAGCGCGUGACUUUACCACACUUUAAAAAUAGCUACUGAAUUUGGAACCCUGUAUUAUACGGUAGUUUAACAAGCUACCGCACUUUAAAUAACUUUUGUACGCUGAUGUCAAAUAUUUGACCAGCAGAAAAGCUCCAGGAGGGUGCGGAGCACCCCCUACCUGCAAAUCUGGAAAGUGCAGAGAGGAUCAGACGAUCCCCGCAGCAAACACUGCCCGUCUGUCAUGUUUAAGGGUGCUGUAACUCUAGAGUGCUAUAAAAAUGCUUGAAAUUACAGUGUUGUAAAAUGUGCACAGACCACUUUUGUACGCACCCUCAUUUCUCAAUUGCUAACAGUAUCUCUCAAUCCUGCCUCCAUUUACCUUUAAUGAUAACAUUUGCUGGAUAUUAUACUAUGUUAAACUUUAUUAUUAUUGUAUGCUUUACCAACAAAGUGAGAACUAUCCUUAGAAGAUAACACAUACACAAUUGGAAAGGGAUGAGACAAACAGGGAUCCUGGUUUUCCCUGAAAAGAAACAUUCAAAUUCCCUGAUAAACACGCCCCCGCUCCCACCUCCCACAGCAUGAUUAAAAUGUAAGGCCCUGCCACAACUUUCCCUGCCCCCAGUCCUGCUGGUGUCCCUCACCCCCAUCCAAAGCCCCUGACCCCCAGCCCUAAUGGAGGGGGCCACCAGCUGCCAGAGGUCCUGCGCAAGGGACCUUGGUUCAUAGCCCCCUGCCCCAACAGAAGGCAGCGGCUGCUGCAGUAGAGCAGAGCCCAGCUCCCCCCCUGCUGCCUGCCUACUGCAGGCUCUGGCAGGUGGGUGGGCAGAUCCCCACCCCUGUGCGCACUCCUGGGUGGAUGCGGUAUGCCAGUAAAGAGGGAAAUCCGCUUUAUACUCUGUCUUCGCAUGGGAAAUGGAAAACUCAGAUCCCUUGUGAUAAAUUACUCCAUAUAUUCCUACAUGUCUUAUUCACCUGAGCACAUAGUUUUUGUAGAAUCUCUCCUCUUUGUUAUGUACCUGAAACAUAUCACACAUAGAAGCAUAAGAUGCAAGGCUACCAUCCUUAAUGAUAGAUUUUACUGUAUCUAUAUCCCGUUUUUUCCAGUUAUCUGAGGCCAUUUGUAGACUGCUCAGCAUAUAUGCUUAAAGACACAGGAUGCCUAUACAUGUGCUUGGCGGCGGGCAGUCAGGGGGCGUUUUAAUUAGAGCGGUUCCUGGAGAGCCGCUAUAUUAAAACACUUUGCAGUCGUGUGCACUGAGGCUCUGUGGGUUUAGAAACGGCCACAGGAUGCUUUAUCCAAAUCUCAUUCAAUGAGGGGCCUCAUUUUUAAAUCUGUGCAGGCUGAUACAGGUGAUGGUGAGGCCACACUGUAGCAUUCUCAUUACAAUGCAAACCAGCACAUUUAUAGGCACCAAACUGACUCGAAGAGAGCUGAGAGGUGAACUAAUUAAUUUCCUAGAUUUUUCAAAAGAAUUAGGAUAUCAUCUGCAUGUAAAAGCAUUUGAUCCCCUCAGUGCAAGUUGAUUGCCUAAUAGCUGCUGCCAGAGGCUCCAAUGCUACACUGAGUAAGAGUGGAGAAAUAGGCCAUCCCUGACGCAUCCCUUCUUCCAAGCAGAGGGAAGGUGCUAUCACACCAUUCGGGGAUCCUGCUGGGAGGGAGCUGUGGCUAAAAUUGAUAUCCAGUUUAUGGAUUUCUCACCAAAACCAAAUUUUUGUAAAUUUAAGAGCAGAUAUUUGCAAUCAAUCUUGUCAAAUGCUUUUUCAGCGUGUAGUGAGAGAACAGCUGCUGGUGAGUCAGGCAGCUGCAUAAACUAUUCAAGGCCAAAGUACCCUUUAUAAAACCUACCUGAACAGCAUGUAUCAAGAAUGGAAUCGCCUUACUACGUCUUAGAGCUCAUCAUUUUGUGAGAAACUGGUUAUCAACAUUCAGUAAUGAGAUUGGGCGGUAGGCUCCACAUGUUAAGUCUUCCUUUCACUUCUUGAGUAGAAAAAUAGAUAAAGCUGUUCUUGCUUCUCCAGACAGAAUUCCAUUUUCAACUAUUUUCAACUAUUUUCUUGUACACAGCAUUGUACACAGCUUAUAAUAAAUGUUGCCAGACUGUACAGGAAAGUUUUCUAAAAGUCAGAUGGAAAACUGUCAGGCCCCAGAGUUUUUCCGCACUUUAAGGAAUGCAUCUCCUCCAUAACUUCCUGCAGUUUAUAUACCUUCUAAUCUAAUAGCGUCUUAUCAUUGGAGGUAUUUCUUGCUGAGAUCUGCCUAUUUGAUGCCUCUUCCUAAAGUCUUCUAGUCAAUACCUUACCUGCCUUGUCACGCCACUUAUAAUCAUAUUUAGUCUCUUGAGCUGAAAUGCAAUCUCAUGUUAAAGAGGUUCAUGUAUAAUCAUAAGAGGCUUAUUUUGUCUGUCUCGAGCACUCUGAAUGGUUGUCUCGGCAGCCAAACACAAUGCUGCAACUGAAACAACCAGAAGUGCUCUGGACACACAGAAUAAGACCAUUUGUGAGGUGCCAGUGGGCCCUAAGCUGCUGGGGGCCCCUGGUGCUUCCCUGCAUGGUGGUGGUGCCCCCCCCAGCACUGCCCAGGAGGGGUGCCAGCGGUUGGGUGCUGCCCGGGGGGUGCCACCGCCACAGAGGGAAGCACUGGAGGCCCGUGCAGCUCAGGGGCUGCAUGAACCACUGGCAGCUCACUCCCCAGCCUUGGGCUUGGUGGGCUUCCAGCACCCCAUGCACCGUCCCUGCUGCCUUCCUGCCACCCGGGACCACCCGGAAAUGGGCUGGCUGCCCUGGGAAGGUGACAGGAUGGCAGCUGGGUGUGAUGGCAGCCGGAGAAGGUGUCAGGGAUGGGCCACGGGGCACUGGAUACCCACCAAGCCCGAGCUUCCUCCAGCACUCCCAGGCUGCCAGCACCCCAUGUACCAUCCCCAUCGCCUCCUCCAGAUAGGGCCCUUGUACAUGUGAGGAAUAGCGCUGUAAUAUGUUAUAAAGAAAACUAAUACACAUGGGAUGUGUUUUACUUUGCUAUGUAAAAACUCAUUUAAAUCUUAACAUGCUACCCAACCUGUACAUCAUUACACAUUUAAAUGGUUAAAAAUGGGCAACGAAGCCACUUACAUGGGCUAUUUCCUCACAUAUACAAGAGCCGUUAGUCACGUGUACAAGGGCCCUCUUAUUCUAUGACUAUGACCAAGUCACAAGGUCAGACAAAAUAUGUGUUUGUAUUCCUAAACCUGUGUUUACACAUGGACAGCUUUAUGUAGCCGUUUGAAGGGUGAGAAGUUUUGACUCUGUUAAGGCAUUUGGUCAGUGAAUACCCUAAAAUCCUGUAUUUAAAGUAAUAAUUUUGCAAUAAA